CUCGCUUUGAUCCGAGGUACAGAUCCGCGUGGCGAUCUUGCAUGAAAUCUGCACGCCACAGCAGCCACCAAGGCUAAUGACGAUUCCCUGCAUCGCAGUGAGGCCUGAGAGCUCGGAUAACUCCUUUAUAAGUAUUGGGGAUGGUAUAAGCUCGGUGGUGGAAGCUGUGGUAGAGGAAGUCUAUUACGCUAUAAAAGGACACUCUUUGCAAAUCAGGCGUGAGGGCGACGAUGCGAACGUGAUUUUCUAGUAGGAGGGGUUCAGGGUAUUCGGGAGUAGCUACGGA